AGUUUGCAUCAGAUUGUGUUACGAAUAAGUUCGAUUGAUAUUUCUCCUUCUUACCUUUAAAAGCUUUCACCAAGUAAAAGCAUGAUCCUCUCGUGUAAUUGAACUCAAUUAGAGAAUGAAAAUAUUUCAAAAGCUUCAAAGGCAACAGCAACCAAACGCAAAAACUCUUUGAUGUGAGUGAAAUCAAAUAAACUUAGACAAAUAUAUGAAGUGAAUGUAUUAAUUAUUUAACAAAACAGGCUUACUUUGUUAUAAAUAAAUAAAUAAAAUAAAUGGGAUUGCUAGGCAAAUUUUAAAUCCCACAUUUAAGAAUUAAAAACAGAAAGUUUGAAUUUCGAUGUUCCAUCAAACAAAUCAUAAAGUGAAUCAUAACAAAAAAAAGCUUUUUAUUUAAAAAAAAAUACACUCGGUUCUGCAUUGCUUGCACAUCAGUUUAUGAAAGAAAUUCUCAUCUCUGCUAUCAAAUUCGACAGCAACAAAGAACGAAUAAAUCACUCUUAGAGGUCGUAAGACGACGCUGCCAUCUUCAACACAAUGCUUCCAAGUGAACCAAUUUGGAGUUUGGACCGACAUGAAACGGGGGAUUUAUUUUGGCGACGUGACUCAUCGAAAGUGAAAUUUCGUUGCGAGGUUGAAGUGCUUGAGUUUAUUAAAGAUCCUGAAGAAAAUAAUGAAUAUUGGGCAAGAAGACGAAGACGACGCUAUCAUCAGAAUGAGGGUGCAGCAUCCCAUCCUAUUAUAGUGGUGAUUACAUGCGUGGGCGCAAUCGUUAUUACUGUCCUUCUUCCUUGGUUUAUGAUCGGAUCAAAUGUUGUCAUCGAUUGAUAAGAUAGCCAACAGAGUUUAAUAAACUGCUGUGAUAUUUUCAUAAAUGUACAUUUUACUGAUGUUCGUCGUUUAUAAAUAAAUUUAGCAAAUAAUCUUUUAAGUAUUUACAAUUACUGAGAUGGUCAAUAAAUAAAUUAUUUUGCGUUUUUAUCACAAACCAA